CUGUCCCUCGCCCGCUCCCCGCGUGUGCCGACGUGGCCGGGCGGAGAGAGGAAGGUGCAGGGGGCGCGCCAAGCAGGCAACGGCUCAGCGAACUUCAGAGUUUUGCAGAAGGUGAGCUAAUAAUAGGAGGAGAUCUUAACUGGGCUGCGGAUUCCACGUGGAAUAAAUUGUAUUAAAAAUGUCAGAUGCCAGAAGUGAUGCGUUAACUCAAGAGAAAAAUGAGGAAAUAUUGGAAUCUGGUGAUAAUGUUUCAGCUUCUGACAGAGCAAUGCCCAACGAAAAGACAGAACAAAUACCACCACAAGAUGAUGACAGGCAACUUUCUGAAAGCCCUAGCAACAAACAGGAAGGGGACCUGACAACCUCAGGGCAUCAUUCAAAUGAGAAAUAUUCCAGUGAAGACAUAACUAAGGAUGUUCCUAUCGACUGCAGUGAGUCUGUCAGCCUUGACCCAGAACCUGGAUCUGAAGAGAUGAACGAAGAGAGUGGCCUAGACAUGAAUUCAUCUCCUAAAGGGAGUGGAUGGACGACUUGGGGAUCGUGGGGCAAAUCCCUGUUUUCAACAGCAUCUGCCACAGUUGGCCAAGGAUUAACAGCAGUUAAGGAAAAAGCAGCCACCCUCAGAAUUCAUGUCCCUUCUUCUGGAUCUUCAGAAAAUAUACAUCCUGACACAGCUGAAAGCCCAGUCACAGACAUGGAUGAGACACAGAACAGCUCUUCAGAGAACACACCUUUGCCUUCAUCUCCUGGAUCACGUGGAAUGUUUUCAACCAUAACUAACGCCGUACAGAAUACUGGUAAGAGUGUCUUAACUGGUGGACUUGAUGCUUUGGAAUUCAUUGGCAAGAAAACUAUGAAUGUCCUUGCAGAAAGUGAUCCUGGAUUUAAAAAAACCAAAACAUUGAUGGAACGAACCGUUUCCUUAUCUCAGCUGUUGCGAGAAGCUAAAGAGAAAGAGAAGCAGAGACUGGCCCAGCAAGUCACAUUCGAAAAGACAGCACAUUAUGGGUUGCUUUUUGAUGAGUUUCAGGGUCUGUCUCAUCUGGAAGCUCUAGAAAUUCUGUCUAAUGAAAGUGAAGUCAAGAUACAGUCUUAUUUAGCAUCACUUGAAGGAGAGGAUUUGGAAAAAGCAAAAAAUGCUUUAAUUGCUAUUAAAGCAAUUUUCCUUCCAGAAGAGUCAGAAAAUGAAGACAAUGAAGGAAAGAAAGGAUAUAUGGGAGAUGGGUUUGUGACCAUGCUUACAGAACUGUUAUUUGAACUGCAUGUUGCUGCCACUCCUGACAAACUUAACAAGGCUAGAAAGAAAGCUUAUGAUUGCCUGGAAGAAGCUAGUCUUCCUGCACCUAUAGAAGAACUGGAAGAGAACCAACUAGAGAAGAUUAAAGAAGAUGAAGCAAAACCAAAAGAUGAAGAAAAGCCUCAGACAGGUGAAUCUGGAAACACAGAGAAAAAAAUGAAAAAAACUGUAGAGGAAAUCUACAUGUUGUCUAUUGAAAGCCUUGCUGAAGUAACAGCCCGUUGUAUCGAACAGCUCCAUAAAUUAGCAGAAUUAAUCCUUCAUGGGCAAGAAGUUGAAAAGCCUGCCUUAGAUCAAGCAAAAGUUCUUACAAAUUUAACAACUACAAUGUGUAAUGAAGUGUCUUCCUUAUCGAAAAAAUUUUCUGAUUUCUUAACUUCAGUUGGGAGUGACAAAAAAGCUGAAGUCCUUAACCCAAUGGUCAAUAGUGUACUAUUAGAGGGCUGUAACAGCACCACUUACAUUCAGGAUGCUUUCCAGUUAUUGCUUCCAGUUCUUCAGAUCUCCCAUAUCCAGACUGAUUGUUUGAAAACACUACAGUGACCACUUCACAUUUAAAAGAAGCAUCAGCCUAAUCUCUUGGUUCAAAUUCAGAUAUUAUCAAACAACAUUUCUUUCAUAAUAUCACAUUCUCUACAGAGAACAUAUACUGAUGUCUUGACCGCAGCAUCGUUGACCAUAAUUCAAGAUACUUUGGAGAAUGCUUUUUUUCCUCCACAAUUUGAAAUGGGCAGAGUUAGAUAAAGGCGGAAUGCUAUGGUAAUAUGUGAAAAAGCUUCUACCAGAUCCUUACUUACUGUCCCGUCCAGAGCCGGAACUACGAGGCUGAGACGCAGGUGCAAUUAAAUCUCAUUUUAUUAAAGUAAUGGAUACAUCAAAGGCAUUGCGCUUCAUAGAAAAACCUGCACUAAUUCACUAAAAUCCCUAACUACACUCUAGACAUGCUCUGCGGCGUAUGAAGGAAGUUGACUCAGCAACUCCCCACUGUGAGCAGCAAGCUUAAGUAGGGAACGUUUUCGAUCGUAAUCUCUGACUCCUUCGCAAGUCCUGUCUCUGCCCUGUCUGUUUUUCGCGGGAGCGAGGUGACGGAGGACAUGUCUCUAAUGGCUCAUCGGAAGACACCUGCUCCUGAGUAAUGGGCUCAAGGUCAGGGGGCUGCGUCACGCUGGUGGCAUCCUGGGAACUGCUUGGUAAGGGAGGAGUUGGCACUUUCGCUGGAGCUUCCCUCAACAGGUCCUCAGCAGCAACUGGGGGCAGCGUGCUCUCCUCGGAGAUCGCGCCAUCUGUGGGAACUGGCUGGAGUUCAGGCUCGCUUCCCCUCCCAAGGUCCCGCUCAGACUCAACAACUCCCAAGUCUUCUGUGUCUUCUGGCAGCGGAGGCGCCUGAAACUCAUGCCUCCCCCCUUCCUGUCCCUUCUGGGAGAGCUGAGUCUCAACACUUACUUAUUAUCUCUAAACUAGUUUUUAUAAUAGUCUGAGGUCCAUCACAUUCCUCUGUAGUAUCUUAGAAGUAGUUGGAUUUUUUCGCUUAGAGGACAGAAAUUGGAAGAUCUCAUUAAAGCUUCUCCAUCCCUUUCUCGUAUUCAAUGAUUUUGGGAAGAACGGUCCAGUCUUGCCAGGAAUCCAAAUAAAUUCAGUACUUCUGUAUAAGCAGAGGAGCGCCUCUCUAGCCUUUUGACGCUUAUCUAAGACACUAAUAUGUGUCCAUCCUGAAUGUGUCUCUGCCGUUCACUUACAGUCAUGUUUUUCCAUAUAGGAAAACUGAUUGGUGUCUCCAUGCUGUUGAUCUUUCAUCUAAAUAUGUGGGUUCACUUGAUAACUUUCUUUAUGUCUUUAAUUUCUUCAAAGUUGUUCUGCUGUCAUAGAUAAAGGUGAUGAGGGAAAAGGCAACGUUUCCCUCACAUAACGGCAGGGCAUGUUUUUUGUGGGAUUUUGUUGGCAUAGACUUUAUGCCAGAAUACUGCCAUAAAAGACUUUUCCAUAAAAAAAAAAAAAGGAGUUUGCUUCUAACUUAACCACCACUCUUUGGAAUCAUUAACAACCGUUAUCAAGGUUUCUAAAAUACGGUAAUAACAGAGUGGAUAAACGUUUAUAUGACAUCUUCUAUCUUAUCUGUGACAGGUUUUUCAAGAUGAUCUUUGGUGUAGUACUAUUUUUUUGGACCAGUGAUCAAUAUUGUCCUGAAGUACUUUUCAUCUGUGGGUAGGUCUGACUAUGGCUAGCUAGCUGCCUACAAUUGCAACAAUCAGUGGCCCAUACUGGCAUGGCAGAAGAUCACAACCAACCAUGCUGAAGUUUGUUCUGUAAUUUCCCCAACUAGGCUUAUGGAGCUCUUUAGUGGAAUUUGAGGGGGGUAUUCAAAGCUUUUAUACCCCAUUCCUCAGCCAGAGAAGCUCCUAGUACAUCUUAGAAAUCAGUAAAAAUAACACAAUCUUAAAAGGCAUGGCACAAAAGGAAAAAGGGAUGGGGACAGAAAAGGAAAACAAGCAAACUUGGGUACCAAAUUCUUAAUGCGAUAUUGGUUCUAAUAAUUACCAGCAUAGGAGGAAAUGGGCCACUCACAGUUCAAAAAGCAGGUCCUGGUGGCCCCUGAGAAAUAACUUGGGAGAUUAACCUUCCUGGAAGCAACUGAUGCAGCCCGAGUAGUAAAGUUUACAGGGUGGAGCCUUUGGGGGCCUAGCCAGAGCCUACUAGCUUCUUGUCACACCUGUUGCAGCAGGUAAGCUAACAAGGACCCUCUUAAUACCAUCCCUGCCAGAACAGAUAGUUCAGCUGCUCUUCCUCUCAGGGCAGAUAGAACUGAUGGCCCCUGUGAGAGGGAGGAUAGGCCUGGCCCAGUCCACCCAGUGAGGUGGCAGUUCCUUGUUGUCUGUUGCUUCUAAAAAUUGGCAACAGUGCAGCAAUACAAAUAUUAAUAUUAUUACUCUGUGUGUGAGGCCAGGGGCAAUUGCCCCCAUGCCCCCCUUAAAAGGCCGUGGUUGUGCAUGAAAGCAUUAGAAAUAGGAUUUUGCUACAAUAUUAGUCAUAUUAACUAUAUGCUGGGAAAUAAUCCUUUUUGUUUUUUAUGAGCUCAUUCAGUGUAGAAAACUCGGAAUUAAUCCAGUGAGGAGUGAUGGGAAUAGAUUGCCUUAACAGAGGUGAUUUUUUAACAGAAGGUUGUGCAGGAAUAUUUUGUAAGCCUUGGGGGACAUUUUAAAGAGAUGGUAGAAGAAUAAUUUAAAACAGUAGAUUGCUUAUUUGAAACAGGCCUUACCACAGGUUUUGCUGAAAAGCGUAAAUUAUGCAUGUAAUGGGCUAGAGCUUUGUCCAUCAGGGAAAUGACUAAUAUACAAGCUACCAAAUGAAAUGCAAAGCCAACUGUCCCCACUUGAUGCCUUAAAAUAUGUCUCAUGUUACUCUUUCAAGCUAUGUGUGCUGGGCAGGGUUUAUAUAUCGAAUAUAUCUAAAAUCAACCAGCUAAUUUAAAGGUAGUUUUCUCAUAAAUAACAUUCCUGAUACAACAGCAGUGCAUUAUUAAAUUUAGGCUGAAGUCCUAUACACACUUGCCUGGGAGUAAGUCCCAGUUGAUUUAAUGGGACUUACUUCUAAGUAGACAUAUAAAGGAUUGUGUUGUAAACGAUUAACUCCUAAAUAACACUGGGUUUGCCAGACUUCAAAAUAUAUUCUGCAUUUUUUUAUUUUUAGAAUGAUGUAUCUGACAUUAAUAGAAGCCAAAAAUAAAGAACCUGUACAAUACUGUGCAUUAUGUGUGACCAUUUGCCAAUCCAGGUUAAAAUAAAACAC